AUGCCAGAAAGACUUUUAAAUGUACUCAGUCUUUGUGAGCUAUGCCAUUGUCGAAAGGCUGUAAUGAGGAGGCCUAAGAACUUCCAAAAACUUUGCAAAAUGUGCUUUAUAUAUGUCUUUGAGACUGAGAUCCAUAACUCUAUUCAACGGGAGCACUUGUUCCAUCCUGGAGAGAAGGUGGCUAUCGGAGCUUCUGGAGGUAAAGAUUCUACGGUUUUGGCGGCAGUGAUGAAGAAACUUAACGAAAGAUAUAGCUACGGACUUGAGUUGGUUCUUCUUAGUAUAGACGAAGGCAUUGUUGGCUAUAGAGACGACAGCUUGGCAACCGUCAAGAGAAACCAAUCUCAGUAUGAUAUGCCCUUGGAAAUUGUCUCUUACAAAGAUUUGUAUGAUUGGACAAUGGAUGAGAUUGUUGCCUGUUCCGGAAUCAAAUCGUCGUGUACCUAUUGUGGUGUUUUUAGAAGGCAGGCUCUAGAUAGAGGCGCUCUAAAGCUUGGCAUUCAUCAUGUAAUCACAGGUCACAAUGCUGAUGAUAUGGCAGAAACUGUGCUUCUGAAUUUGCUUCGUGGCGAUACAGCACGUCUAGAACAUUCUGUCAACAUCUCAACCAACUCUGUAGGGUCUCCAGUAAAGAGAUCCAAGCCAUUCAAGUACGCCUAUGAGAAGGAGAUCGUGCUAUAUGCGCACUAUCGUAAGCUUGAUUAUUUCAGUACUGAAUGCACAUAUGCGCCCGAAGCAUUUAGAGGUACUGCUAGAACUUUGCUUAAGAACCUCGAAACAAUAAGGCCUUCAUGUAUAUUGGAUGUCAUUCACAGUGGAGAACAGUUUAAGCUAAAGUCCAGAAGAAUACACGACAAGGAGGUUGAAGUGAGAGCUGAUGGUUCAGUAUCUCUUCCAAGUAAGGAUGGAAACCGAUGUGAAAGAUGCGGAUAUUUGUCGACAAACCGGAUUUGUAAAGCAUGCAUUUUACUUGAAGGAUUGGAGCUUAAUAGAGCCAAAGUGCAGAUAGACCCUUCCGUUAAUGACGGAGCAGCAACGCUCACUAAGACUUUGGAACAUCUAUCCUUUUGA